AAACAGCUGAUUGGCUGGCAUGCAGUUCUUAUUCUCGGUGCGUUUAAAUUUAUAUUUUUAGUUUGUAAUAAAAAACACCUGUGUAACAAUUUGGCUAUUCAGAUUCAUCCAAUUGAGCUGAGUAGCCUGUGUGCGUGUGUGAGUGUUAGUAGACACAGCUAAACCAAAAAUGUUACUUUCUGUUGUCUCUCAUUGCGAAAUUUUCAACGCGAGCAACAACAACAAGAACAACAAUAGCAACAACAACGAAACCAACUUGAACAGCCGUUAAAACAAAGGCAGUAAAAUAAGAAAUCAAGCAUAAAGUGUGCUGUAAAUUGCCAAGCAAUCAACUAAAGCAUCUAAAAUAGUGAUAGUUUUGUUCAAGGAGUAGCAAUUGCUGUACGAAUCACAAUUGUUAACCUGUUUGAAAUCUGCGAAUUGUCAACUUGCGUGAACAUCUGCGUCCAAAAAAAAGCGACUUAACGAAGUCGACGUAGGCGUCGACGUCGGCGUUGGAGUGGGUAGCUAAAAACAAUAAACAACUGAAACUGAAAUAAAAAAGCCUAGCAACAUACAGUGAUGGAAAUGCGAGAGGUGCUGAGUCGCGAGGGGCGCGAGGCGAAAAAUUUGCUCGUCUACCAGUUUUGCGAUGAGACAACAACACACAACAACGACACGAGUGGAGGAAGAGGAGCUGGAACUGGAGGCGGCGUCGUCAUCGACGGCAGUGUUGUUGUCAAUGGCGACUGUUAUCCAACGCCCAGUUGCCGCAAGCCGCCUGUGGCGCCACCAAAGUCACCCAACGGCGGCCAACAGACGCCCAAACACUGCCAAUCGCCCACAGCCAAGAGUAGCAACAAUGCCGGUGGAGUCGCUUCGAAUAGCGGACCGCGUGUGCGCAGCGCUUCAACGGGACGCGACAAGAAGUCGGAGUUGCAAGCACGCUACUGGGCGCUGCUCUUUGGCAACCUGCAACGUGCUGUCAACGAAAUCUAUCAGACUGUCGAGUGCUAUGAGAACAUAUCAAGCUGCCAAGAGGCGAUACUCGUGCUCGAGAACUAUGUGCGUGACUUUAAAGCGCUCAGCGAAUGGUUCAAAGUCAGCUGGGACUACGAUUCACGGCCACUGCAGCAGCGGCCACAAAGUCUCGCCUGGGAAGUGCGAAAAAGCAAUCCAACGCCACGAGUGCGCACCAAAAGCUUGUGCAGUCCCACAGCUUCGGGAAAAUCGAGCCCAGCGCUGUUUGCCUGCAACUCGGGCAAAACAUCGCCCUGCUGUGAUGGCCAUGUGUCUCCCAAGAAGCUUUUGCGUGCCUACGAUCAGUUGCCACGCGGUGCCAUGCGAGUGAAUGUACGCGAAUUGUUUGCGGCGAGUAAGCGAGCGACACAGGGUGGCGGAGGAGGAGGAGCCAACUCCAAUUCGGACACUUCGUUGAAUGCCAAUCCAUUGGAGCAGGCGCCAGACUUGAGUGCGUCAGACAAGUCGUAUGUGCAGCUAAACACACAAUAUUCUCAGACCGAUCUCGAGGAUCCACAUCUGACGCUGGCCGAUGUGCGCGAGAAGAUGCGACGCGAGGCAGCCGAAAGGGAGGCAAUUGAAAGAGAGGCAGCUGAGCGAGAAGCAGCUGAGCGAGAGGCAGCUGAGCGAGAGGAAGCUGAAAGAGAGGCGGCAGCAGCAGCCGCUGAGGCAUCUCAACAAGUAGAGACGGCAGCUAAAGAGGCAGUGGAGUCAGAGCAAGUACCACAAACAGACAGCCCAGCAGUUGAGCAACCACAAUCAAAAUCAGCAGUUGAAUCUGUAGCUAUUGUUGAGCCAACGGCUUUGCAGAUGACUGUCUGCCGCAUGGAUGCCAUGGAGAAUCUUCUGCUGCAAGCGCAGGCCAACAAGGAGCCAACGCCACCGAGCACACUGCUCAAGCCAGUGGCGCCGCUGCCUGAGAAUCCGGCAAAGAAAGCACAGCCACUGAAUGCGCUGAGCGGUGCAGCGAAUGCAAUGCAGAAUAGUCCGCUAAAGUACUCCAGCGUACUCAAUCGUCCAGCAGCUGCGCGUGGCAGCAAUCCAAAGACACAGAGCACACAACAAGUGGCAGCAGCAACGGCGCCAACAACUGCAGCUAAGCUGGGCACCACAGCAAAGACAGCCACGCUGCCCAAGACGGCAGUUAAUGGCUUGCGGCGCAGCAACAACAAUAAUGUGAAUGCCAAUGUCAAUUCCAAUACGAAUUUAAAGCCAUUUGGCGCACGCACAGCACGCAGCACAGUGUUGUCAGCACCCACGGUGCCGCCGCGUCCCUCUAGCAAAACCGAGUGCUAUGGACCGCCCAGCAAUGUGGCCAGCAGAUUGUCAGCACGUUCGCGCACCAUGAUCGACAUGAAUGGCAAUUCGGCGCCAGCUGCGGGAGCAGCAGCAGCAGCUCCAAAGCCACUGGCCAAACGCACGCGCAGCACUUUGCUGACCACAACAACGACAACAGCCGGAACAGCGGGCACAACUGUUGGCAAGCGUGUGAGCUUGCCCAGCGUGCGUUUGAGUUCCCGCGAGGACAUUGCCAGCUCCACAUCCACGCUGAAGGCGAGCAACGAACAGCUGAGCAGCUCACGCAGCACCAUCAAGCUGGACGAUCGACAUUCCGAGCCAAAGCAGUUGCAAUUGCAGCUGCACGAUGCCAACGAUGGCUGGCUGACGGUAAAGAAUCGACGCAGGAGCAGCAUGCACUGGGCGAAUCGAUUCAAUCAGCCAACAGGAUAUGCCAGUCUGCCAACGCUGGCACUGCUCAACGAACAGAAGGAGGAGAAGGACAAGCAGCAGCGCGAGAAAGCCAAGACGGCGGCGAAUGCAAAGCCAGCGGUGGCAGGUAAAGCGCCAGCUGCAAAAGGUGCUGCCAAUAAGGCGGGCAACAAGAUUGUGGCGCCGCCAGCACCACGACCAGAGAUUAAGAAUGCCAAAGCCAAGGUGAAUUCAUUCCCAGCUCUGCGAGCAGCUGCUCAGGUUAAGAAACAAGACAAAACCAGUGAGAAAGACAAAGAAAAAGACAAGGAAAACAAGGAUGCAGAAAAAGAUAAAGACAAGGAGAAGGAGAAGGAGAAGCAUGCAGACAAAGAGAAGGAGAAGCUCAAGGAGAAGGAAAAACAGAAACCAGCGACAACAACUGCCUUCUCACGUAGCAGCAGCAAUUGUGGCUCCAAUGUCAGCAGCGCCUUGAAUGGACGCACCUCAAUUAUCAAGCGACAGAAAUCGGAUCUCACUGGACUGAAGAUGACGUCACUGCACAAGGAAUACAUGAGGAGCGAGAAGAAUGCGCUGCGCAAGCAGCAGAAGGAGCAAAAGGAGCAGAGCAGCCAUGACAAUAGUGGAUCUUCAGGCAGCACUUGCGAGUCUAAUAACGAUGACCACAAUAAGAUCGACAUAAAGAUCCAGACCAAUUGCGAGUUCUCCAAGACAAUUGGCGAAUUGUACGAAAGCAUUGCGCGCAGCAAGCUGCCCAAUGGCUGUGUCAAGUCGGGCGCCUCCCUGCUGAGUGCCUGCGAUGAGAAUGACGAGCAGAGUGCCGAGGAUGUGGAGGAAGAACGCAACGAACGCAUGCUUGUCGAGGUGCAGGAAUCGCUGGAGCGACAGAUACGUGAACUGGAGAGCACUGAGAUCGAUGUGGACACCGAGACGGAUGAAACAGACUGCGAAGUGCAGCUGGAGGAGAACGAGGAUAGUGCCGAACUGGGACUGGACGAUGCGGGUGUCUUUAUUACGAUGUGCGACGAUGAGAAUGCCAGUCUGGAGCUGCGUUAUCAGGCGCUGCUCUCGGACAUGUCGUGGAAUGAGCGUGCCGAGGCCUUGGCUACGCUCCAAGCCUAUGUUGCACGUCACCCGGGGCGGGCACAGGAGCUCCAUCAAAAGCUGUCGUCGCCCUCGCGCCGUCGUUCACUGCAGGAGACGCUGAAGAAGUAUCAGGCGAAGCAGGCGCGUGCCCAGCAGAAACGUGCGCUGCUCCAGCAGGAGAAGGCGGCCAAGCUGCAGCAGUUGUUUGUGCGCGUUGAGGACGUGAAGACUGCCAAGAAACAACUGAUCGAGGACAAGCGCCAGAAGAUGGAGGGACGACUGCAGCGAGCGGCCGAGAAUCGAGAGAUCUACUUGCGACAGAUCAUCGAAAAGGCGCACGACGAGGAGAAGAAACUGAAGGAGAUUAAUUUCAUCAAGAACAUUGAGGCGCAAAACAAACGUCUCGACUUGCUCGAGUCCUCCAAGGAAACCGAGGGACGUCUCCAAGAUCUGGAGCAGGAACGACAGAAGCGCGUCGAGGAGAAGGCAGCCAAAGAAGCCGCAGUGGAGCGUCGUCGUCAGGCGCUAGAAAAGGAGCGUCUGCUCAAGCUGGAGAAGAUGAACGAAACGCGGCUAGAGAAAGAGCAGCGCAUAGGCAAGAUGCAGGAGCAAAAGGAGCGCCAACGUCAGGCGUUGGCCAGGGAGAAGGCGCGCGAUCGCGAGGAGCGUCUGCUGGCAUUGCAAGUGCAACAGCAACAGACGGCCGAGGAGUUGCAGCGCAAGAUUCAACAGAAGCAGUUAGAAUCUGCGCGUCGUCACGAGGAGAACAUCGAGCACAUUCGUCAGCGGGCGUUGGAGUUGACCAUGCCCAGCACCAGGCAGCAAGACGAGGCACGUGGUGAACAGGACGACGAGGAGGAGCUCUUCAAUGGCAACGCUACAAGCACUACCAAUGAGGAUUGUGAUCUGUCGUCGACUUUAUCGGAGUUGGGUGGCGUCAAUGGCAACCGCGAGCAUUCACGCAGCUACAAAAAGAAGAUGAAGAAGCUCAAACAGCGCAUGAGUCAAUGUGCCAGCGAGUAUUUGGCCACUUUGGAGGCACUACCUCCGCAUUUGAAGCGCGACAGCAGCGUGCCCAAGCUUCUGAAUCUGGUUGUCAAGGGCGGCGGUGCUCAGGGAUUGGAUCGCACCUUGGGCAACCUGCUGCGUCUAAUACCAAAGGCUCAGACCUGUGACUUUCAAACGUUCCUGCACAUGGAUGGACUCGGUGUGCUGGCCACUCAUGUGAUUAGCAAGGGACUAGAAGAGAACACUGAGAUCUCAAAGAAAUCCCUCACUCUGGCUGUGCAAUUGUAUCGCAAUGCGUGCUCUGUUUGUCCACAGAUUGCGCGUCAUGCGCUGCUUGGCAACUCCAUUGCCACACUCUUCGAUGCCAUCUCCAAGAGUUUCCAGUUACCCGAAGAAAAAUCACCACAACAUCCGGUCGAGUUAUCCACGGAGCUAAUGCUGGCAUGCACCGAGGCGCUAUCAUCGAGCUAUGUCAAGAAAAACACCCACCCUAAAGUCCCGGAACGCCUACCGGACAUGAUAAACUAUGCGGUGAUCACAGGAUUGAUUGGCAUGCUAUCGCGUCGUUGCACGAAAGUGCGCGAGUCCAUUGAGCAGAACCAAAGCGUCAUGUUGAGUCUGCUGACCACGUUGGGUUUCCUCACUCGCUUCAUUGAUGCCUGUCCGCCAGGUCCUGCUGAUCCCACACGUUUGCUGAGUACUGCCAAAUCGACAGAGCUCUUUGGCACCGUCUCAAUGCUCGCUGGCUGUGUGGUGCCCAUUGGUGAAUGCAUUCCGUCGCGCACGACCGCAUUGGCGGCAUCGACUUUUAAUCUUUACGUGUCGCUGGCUUCGGUGGAUGUGAACACUUUUCAGGAGGUGCUAUCCGUUGAGGGUCCGUUGUCGCUCAAACUGUUGGAUGUGAUGACCAUAUUAUUGAAUUAUAGCGUUGGUCAAACCAACGAUGCAAAGAGUGGCGAGCGAUCGACAAUGUUGAUCGAUUUGAUAGCAUCGAUCGCAUUCUUUAGCAUCAACAAUCGUCGGCAUCAGGAUCUGCUCAUAUCGGAACAGUUUGCGGUGAUCUUUAAGAGUCUGGCCAAGCUUCCAACCGAAUUCCACCCAGUGAUUUAUCCAUUUCUGGUCACCAUAUGCUACAACAAUGCCCCAGCCAGGCAGGUCAUAUCACGCGACUUUGAUCUAGGGUUCCUUGAUGAAUACAGCAAAUCGGAUGCUGCGAAACGCAAUCGUUUAAUUCAAAUGAUGCACAACAACAACAGUGGCAACAGCAGCAGCAACAACAAGAAUAAUGGCAAUAAGAACAAUAAUGGCAAUAAUCAACAGCAACAGCCACAGAACAAGGCCUGAUUUCUCCCAGUGUGUGACUCUAUCUCGCUCUCCCUACACAAAAGUGAUAUUAUUUUCAAAGAAAAUCAAAAAACAAACAAAACUCGAAACAUUCGCAAGUGAAAUUUGCUUA